UUGGUAUUGCGUCAAGUUUCGCAUUGCUGUGUAAUAAUCGCGAUGGCCACUUGGGACGGCUCGUUCCCAGACGAUCCGAAUUAUUCCGCCCGAGACGCCUGUGCCACGCGAGACAACUGGAUGUACCUCGACGACAACUCGGCAUAUCUGCAAGACGUCUCCGCGAGGUGCUACUAUCCGGGAGCAGGUGGUCGACCAGUGUACGAGCAGGACGGAUCCGCCGACCCUUUCUAUCAGCAUCCGUCGAAUAUGGUGCCUUUAGAAAAUACCUAUCAGGAACACAUACUGCCAAGCACGUCGUCCGUCCCAGGCGGCUCGCAAACGUCGAAUAAUUCGCAUAAAGCGCCCUUCUUCCGUGACAAUCACAAGCCGAGAUCCAAGGGCAACAGAACGAUCAGCUUGACGACAUUCACUACGUCAAAAGGCGAUACCAUCCAGUCCAGCAUAGUGCAAAACUCAAAUUUACACGCUACAGCCAACGAAUUCGUGCCAAACAGUAUUAGAUUGAAUAAGAAGGACAGAUUUAGUAAAAAGGACGAUUAUAAUAACAUGGCUGGAGGUAGUUUUGAUGCGCAGGAUUUCAGGCCAAGAUCAUUUCACAAGUAUACAUCAGAUAAUAGAUACAAGGGUGAAAGACGCUAUGAUAAUAGAAGGGAUGUAAAUUAUUGGCAAAAGAAUCCACAAGAUGCACAAAUACCAUCAAGAUCUAAAUACAGGGAUACUCAGAGAAAUGGGAGAAAUUACAAUAAAUUUCAGAAUGGAAAAUAUUAUAAUAGAAGGUAUCAAUCAGAUGCAUUAUAUGUUGAACAAUAUGCUGAUGGAAAAGCUCGUACACCUACAACUGAACUCAGUGAUUCGUUUGAUAGCAAGGAAAAUAAACCCUCUGCUAAAGGAUUUCAGGAGAAUGACUCGUCUUCAGAUGUUGGUAAAAACAGAGAGGGUACAUGCAAGGAUAAUGACACAGAGAAAAAUACUUCCUUGCAAAUUCUUGAGACACAACGAAAUAAAUCUAAGCAAUUCACUGACCACACUAAUGCAUCUAAUUAUCAUAAAUAUAAUUAUAAAUAUAAACAUUAUUAUAAAUACAAUUCUGAUGAUGUACAGUCUGAAUCUGAUAAUAAAUAUAAAACUGCAGCUACAAAGUAUAUGCAUAAAAAAAACAAUGAGGUGACAGCAAAUCACAAAGAGAGGAACUUGGAAAAUUGGAGAGAUAAGACAGAAGAUAACGAGAUAGCACGAGUACAAGGAAAAAAUAUAAAGAAAAAACAUAAAAUUGAUGAUGAUGCUAGUCAAAGGGAAAGAUUGACAGAGCAAUUGAACAAGGGAAUAUUAGAAUGUUUAGUUUGUUAUGAGCAUAUCAAGCAAAGUGACUAUGUUUGGUCCUGUAGUAACUGUUGUCAUGUAUUACAUUUAAAAUGUAUUAAAAAAUGGGCUAAAUCGUCUCAGAGCGAGAACAGUUGGAAGUGCCCAGCCUGCCGGGAUAUUAGUUUUCUCGUACCAGAGGAUUAUUUCUGUUUUUGUGGAAAGAGAAAGAUGCCGGAAUGGAAUCGUAGGGACGUGGCACACUCGUGUGGCGAGAUCUGUGGUCGAAAUCUAUCCAAGAACAAUUGUACACACAAAUGUAAUCUGCUCUGCCAUCCCGGCUCUUGUCCACAAUGCGUGACGAUGGUGACCAAGUAUUGUGGCUGCGGAAAAAUGUCGAAAAUACUGCUGUGCAGCGGUCAGCAAUUAUUGCAGUGCGAUUCGAUAUGUGAAAAGAACUUGUCAUGCGGCAAACAUACCUGUCGGAGAAAGUGUCAUCAGGGAGAAUGCGGGCCUUGCGACAAAACCGUGCAACAAACCUGUUUUUGUGGUAAAAAUACUCAGGAGGUACCUUGCCGAGCUAAUGUCACAGAUACAUAUUCCUGUAAUAAUAUUUGUAACAAACCAUUGGAUUGUGAGAAACAUUAUUGCCAAAAAAUCUGCCAUUCGGAAGCAUGCGAACCUUGCUCCUUGACGCCCGAGAGAGUCACGACGUGCUGUUGUGGUCAGACACCAUUAACAGAAAAGAGAGAAAGUUGCUUGGAUCCUGUGCCUACCUGUGACAAAAUCUGUUCUAAACGUUUGAAGUGCGGCCAGCCUAGUAAUCCACACAUCUGCAAGGCACUAUGUCACGUCGAUGAAUGUCCGGACUGCGAUUUGAACACCAAUGUCAAGUGUCGAUGCGGUAACAUGGACCGCGAGAUCGCUUGCAAGGACCUGACGAGUAAAGCCGACGAUGCGCGCUGCGAAAAGCGUUGCAAGAAGAAACGAUCUUGCGGCAAACAUUACUGCAAUCAGCUAUGUUGCAUCGAUAUCGAGCACAUCUGUCCAUUGCCAUGUUCGAAAACAUUGAGCUGCGGUCGGCACAAGUGUCAAGAGAGAUGUCACAUGGGGAGAUGUUCGUCUUGUUGGCAGAGUAGUUUCGAAGAGCUGUACUGCGAAUGCGAUGCUGAGGUGAUCUAUCCACCAGUACCGUGCGGGACGAGAAGGCCCGCUUGCAAUCGACCAUGUUCCCGCGAGCAUUCCUGCGAUCACGAGGUGCUGCACAAUUGUCACAGCGAGCCCACGUGUCCGCCUUGUGGCGUUUUGACUCAGAGAUGGUGCCACGGUAAACACGAACUUAGGAAAGCUGUACCGUGCCACGUAAAGGAGAUCUCGUGCGGUUUAUCGUGUAACAAGCCACUGACAUGCGGACGGCAUAAGUGCAUCACAAUGUGUCACGCCGGGCCGUGUGAAAGACCCGAACAACAAUGUAUACAACCUUGUAACACAACGAGGGAACUGUGCGGACAUAUCUGUGCUGCUCCAUGCCACGAAGGCAAGUGUCCAGAUAUGCCUUGCAAAGAGAUGGUUAAGGUUACAUGUCAGUGUGGACACAGAACUAUGAGUCGUGUUUGCGCGGAUAAUGCACGAGAAUAUCAACGAAUAGCGAGCAACAUACUAGCCAGUAAAAUGGCCGAUAUGCAACUCGGUCAUUCCGUCGAUUUAGAAGAAGUAUUCGGGCAAGGCGCAAAGAAACAGAAUCAGCUAAAGACCUUGGAAUGCAAUGAUGAGUGUAAAACAAUAGAGAGAAACAGGAGACUUGCACUGGGAUUACAAAUCGUCAAUCCUGAUUUGAGCGGCAAGUUAAUGCCCAGAUAUACAGAUUACAUGAAACAAUGGGUCAAGAAAGAUCCGCAUUUUUGCCAAAUGGUUCAUGACAAAUUGACGGAAUUGGUCCAAAAAGCGAAAACAUCUAAGCAGAAAUCUCGAAGUUAUUCAUUCGAUGUUAUGAACAGAGAAAAGCGCCAUUUCGUGCAUGAGUCAUGUCAACACUUUGGUUGCGAGAGUCAAGCAUAUGACGAGGAACCGAAAAGAAAUGUCGUUGCCACUGCUGUGAAAGAUAAGUGUUGGCUACCAAGCUAUAGUUUAUUAGAAGUGGUGCAGCGGGAGAAAGGACAAAGAAAAGUUCCAGGACCGGUACUUAACGCUUCUAAGGGAAAUAAUUCUACAAAGACUGUUCUUUCGUUACCCGUAAAACAGAAUCAGAAAUCAUUACCAUCACCAUCAACUGCAAAAACAUCUGAUAAAGAGAUAGAUUACUUCGACUAUCAAGGAUGAAUCGGUAAAUAAUUAAUGUAUAGCAUACAACUGUAUAAUGAGCUGUAUAAUGUGUAUCAUAAAUGAAGUUCUGAUACAAUUGUAAUUAUACAAUGAAUAUGGUGAUUUUGUAAGUAGAAAUGUAAAACAUUAUAUUGUUAUCAGUCAUUUUCGAUUUGUUUU